AUGGGGUCGGAUGAUUCAAACCAUGAGAUACAACGAGUAAUAGAAACGCGAUCCACCAAUUACGAAACCGAAGAAAAGUCGAAAACGAGAGAUAUCCAGCAAGCAGUCAGUUCAGCUAUUUCAGAUGAAGCUGAGCGAUCGGUUAGAGCAUCAGGGCAAGAUCUCACUUCUGAAAACCUCGAUCCGACGGGGAAACAUUAUCCAUUUCGCAUCCUCCAACCAAAUAAGCAAGUUGAGCGCGUGGUAGUUGAUUGGUUCAUGUGUCGCCAGAUUCGAUCAAAUAUCGAAAGAGUAGCGGCAAAAUUCGAACGAAAUAUAGCUCCAGAUCCGAGAUCCCAUCUAUUACAGUGGUAUCUGAUAUCGACAGCCAACAUGCCACACCCGGGUACUAUGAGUCAGGGAAUGUCUCCGGAUAACCGAACCAAUAUUAUAGUGUGGAUUGCAUUGGGGACACUCGGGGCGGAUAACGGAUUAUUGCACGAAAUGAAGAGUGGCCAGGAUAUGAGUUUAGAUGGCCAUGAGAAGAUCACCUUCUCUGGUAAAUCCGGCGGGCUGGCAGUGUUAUUAUUAUUGAGCAUGUGA